AGUAAGCGUGCGCAAUACGUUGAAACUUGAUUAAGUGUGUAGGAAACAAAGCAAACGGGUUUUAUUUUAAAAGUUCGCGCGAGAAGUAAUAUCCGGUUCACUGAACGUAUAAUUUUGUUCAAUAUACAACAUGUCAUGCACAGACAUUAUUUUGCCAAAGGAAAUUGGCUCCAUAGAUCAAAAUUGUAUCAUAUGUUUUGAUACUCUAAAAUGGGCAGUUUUUUGUUCUAGAUGUAACCAAAGUACAUGCUUUGAAUGUAUAAAGACUUGGUUAACCGAAAAAAAUGAUUGUCCGAAAUGUCGUCGUCCAUGCCGACUAAGUGAAUAUUCUGAACAAAAAGAGCUAUACAGCUGCUGCAAGGACGGUUCACUCAUAGAGUAUUAUUGCGAAAAAUGCAACGAGUGCUUUUGUCGAAAUUGCCUUGGUAAAAAAGGACCGCAUUAUCGACAUCCCGUUAGAAGCUUGGACGUUUUGCGCAAGGAAACAAUUGAUGCACUUGACACAUUAAAAGAACUUCAGUCAAAAGAUGCAUUGAAAAACAUCAAAGCACUGAUUCGAGAAGGUGUACCGCGGGAAUUAGUGCGUCAACGCAAAUCGGUUGAACGUGAAAUCGACGAGGUGUUGCCCACGUUACCGGGCGAGCCUCCUAGAUCAACAUAUCGUUUACCCAACGCAGCUUUUUCCGAAGUACGCACGAAAAACAUCGUCCUAGAUGGAUCUGGCGUAGAACGAUGUGUUGCGAAUGAUGAAUAUGGUAAUGUUUGGGAGUUGACGGUACAUCCAUACGGUGUCAAAGAAGUGGAGGAAAAGUUCAUAAGCUUGUUCUUGAAAUUAGUGGAUGGAACUCCCAUGCGAUAUGAAUAUCGAUUUUCAAUGCACACUGUAACAUCCCCAGAGCCUCUCGCAGAAUAUUACGCUUUGGAUGAUUUCGGCAUUGGAACUGAAUCGAAAGCGUGUCAAAGGCUUAUUAGUUUGGAAGCAGCAAGAAAUAAAACCGGAUCGUAUGGGUAUCAAAUAAUGUUCGGUACCCGUCCGACAGAUAUGUUAUACGGAUUACAAUGUGCAAAACAUUUAGCUACGAACAAACAUAAACGUUUGGAUUUUAAAACGUUUACAUUUCGAGUUGAACGCUUCCAUGAAAACAGGAAAAAUGAUGCUAUUAUUUUUUCCGAAGUAAUGUACGAUCAGCAAAACAUUGCAUGGAGAUUCCGUAUUGACUGUAACGGACACCAGGAGCAAGGGCAGUACAUUAGUACCUACCUUGAACUGUUGAAUGGUGCAAAAGGAUGGUUUGACAUUUUCAUAGAAAUAGUACAUCCGAAAGAUACAAUGCAAUCAUUCAGGAAGCAUCUUACCCACGAAUUCGAGGUACAUUCGAACUGGGGCAUACCACAUUUCUUGAAUUGCGACCGCACGGAAGAUUAUCUACAAGGAGAUACUCUAUUGUUUACAUUUGGUGUGCGUCCAGCGCACAUCGAGGAAGAAGCUUUGGGUUUAUAAUUACAUUACGACCAAUCAGGUCAUUGAAUAUUGAUUAUAUAUUAAACAUAAUAUUGAAUUUUAAUUUUUCAAAUUG